AUGUCGACUACCGUGGACUCCGCGUCACGACCACCUGUGCCGACCAGCUUGCGGGAGCUGCUCGAGAGGGUUCCACAGGUGCUCAACGCCCAGUCACCCGGUGCGCUUCACAUGCAGUCGCGCGCCAGCGCUGAUGCCAUGGAGAGUGUAAGUCGCGCUGAGGCGCGCUUGCUCAAGUCCGCGGAGACGUUCCACCCGCCUACGUUCAGCGUGUCUGUGCUGGAAAACCUUGGGCGCAGGGAUCCGUUCAUCGAGCCGGGCGAUGAGGACUUCCCGGACCAGGCGGCCGACGAUGACCUCGAGGCGGAGCGGCGGCGGGUAGACGAGAUCGCGGACCGCGCUCUCUCCGAGCAGCAACCUCUCAGGUCCUCCGCCGAAAGAGUCGAGGAGCAGGCCACACACCUGCAGGAACGGAUAAAGGGCUUGACGUUGCAGGUCGAGGCGGACCCCGGUCUCCGUUCUUCCGGCGGCGCCAGGCUGUCGAUCAUGGACAAGGUCUACGCCGGGGAUGAUCGCGCCGACGACAAGGCGCGAGAGGCGGAUCUCCGCAACGAGCAGACGUUGUUGAGGGAGGACAGCCAGGCCUUGGGUGCCGUCGAGGCGAAGAGAACGGCGCUGGCGGAGAGAGCAGCCGCCGUGCGGGCGGAGCUCUUGCUGCAGCAGCGAGAGGUAGACCUCCUGGAGAGGGAGCAGCACGCGGUGGCGCUGGCAGCGGCGGAAACGGCGGCCACAGGAGCAGGAGGGGCGGCGGCAGGGUCGACCGGGUGGAGGGCGGAAGCCUCCAGGGAGAUGGAGAACCUCGUCGGGGUUGCGGGGAUGCCGGGAGCCCGGCUGGAGGCCUGCGAGCGGGAGGAGGACGCCCUCGUGCGGAGGAACGCAGGCAUCCGGGACUGGUACGCGGCCACGGUCGCUAAGGUGGAAAACCUGGGAGGUGUUCGGCUGUCCCACCGGUUGCUCUUCGGCACCGGCGCCGGCGGCAGGGUGGAGGGGAUGGAGCUCAUGGUGAGCCUCGGCUCGGGGCUGACCAUGGAAGUGACCGUGUCCGCGGCGGACGGGAAGCUUAGCUCCGCGCAGCUCUGCCACGGCCAGGGGGGCGGGGGGGCGGCGAGUUUUGCAGGGAUUUCUCCGUCCGAGCUGGAGGAGAUGAGGCGCGCCGCGGACGCGCUUCCCGCCCCGCAGAACCUGGGGAAGCUCGUAAUCGAGGCCCUGAGCCGGGCGACGUGCGCAGCGGUGAGAGAAGAGCACGUGCGGCAGGUGCGGCGCAGGUAUCUGACGGGGUACCGCCCGCCGAGCCGCGAGGUAACCGUCACGAUGGGCGCCGGGAUCGUGGCGUGUUUCCGCCUGGCCGUGGACUAUCCGAAGGUGGUGGGCGGGGCGGAGGUGGUGGCGCUCACCGGCGUCGGCGGCUGGUCGGCGCACGAAACCGAGCAGCUCUGUCGCCGAGUCAACGACAUGGCCCUCCCGACGCUCAUGGCCACCAUGGACGUGCUUGAGGCAGAGGUGGAGGCCAUGGAAGGGGGGAGUUGA